UCUCCCUCACACACACACACACACAAAGCUCUGAAAUCCCUCUUUAUCUUUCUCUCCCACAUUUUGAAGCUCAGAUCUCAAAGAAACAAGGGAUUUCUGUAUUUUCCUGCAAAAAAAAUAAACCCAAAAGAAAAGGAAAAUCCGCCAUUGUUUUUGAGAAAGGGUUUAGCGAAGGAAGGAAGGAAGGAAGGAAGAAAGAAAGCUGAAGAAAGUGGGAAUUUGUGGAAUCAGAUGUCUCUCAUAUGAGAUGAAGACCCAUUCCCAUUUCAACAUUCAUCUUUUCUUCCAAAUUUUCCUCUUCUUCGGCACUCUUUUCUGCCUCUCCUCUGCUGUUUCUGACGAGCUUCUUCAACUUUCCGGCCAUGGCGGCCGAGGCCGCGGCCUCACCGACGCCGAAGCUCACUACAUCCGUCAGCGCCAACUUCUUUCCGUCAGAGACGAAUUUGGUGACCGUGGUGAAGAAGUCACCGUCGAUCCCAAGCUUGUUUUUGAAAACGACAGACUCAGGAAUGCUUACAUAGCGUUACAAGCUUGGAAGCAAGCGAUUCUCUCUGAUCCUUUCAAUCUCACUCAGAAUUGGGUUGGAUCUGAUGUUUGUAGCUACAAUGGGGUUUUCUGUGCUCCGGCGCCGGAUAAUUCCUCGAUCCGUACGGUCGCCGGUAUCGACCUCAACCAUGGCGACAUUGCCGGUUACUUACCGGAGGAGCUUGGUCUUCUUGUGGAUCUUGCAUUGUUCCAUGUAAACUCGAAUCGCUUCUGUGGGACUGUUCCUCACAAGUUCAAGAACUUGAAGCGGUUGUUUGAGUUGGAUCUGAGCAACAAUCGCUUCGCCGGAAAGUUCCCUCGGGUGGUUCUUGAGCUGCCGGAGCUGAAGUUUUUGGAUCUGAGAUUUAAUGAGUUUGAAGGACCUGUCCCCAAGGAGCUUUUCGACAAGGAUUUGGACGCCAUUUUCAUCAACCAUAACAGAUUCCGGUUUGACUUGCCGGAAAAUUUCGGGAACUCGCCGGUUUCGGUUAUUGUUCUUGCGAAUAACAAAUUUCAUGGGUGUGUUCCGGGGAGCAUUGGGAAUAUGACGAGAUUGAAUGAGAUUAUUCUGAUGAAUAAUGGGUUUCGAUCGUGUUUGCCGUCGGAGAUUGAGUUUCUGAAGAAUCUGACGGUGUUUGAUGUGAGUUUUAAUGAGUUUUUUGGGAGUUUGCCGGAGACGAUCGGCGGAAUGGUGAGUUUAGAGCAGCUGAAUGUGGCGCAUAAUUUCUUGUCUGGGAAGAUUCCGGAGAGUAUCUGUAAAUUGCCGAAUCUGCAGAACUUUACUUACUCUUACAAUUUCUUUACGGGAGAGGCGCCGUCGUGCUUGGCUUUGCCGGAUUUUGAUGACCGGAGGAACUGUCUACCUGACCGGCCGGUACAGCGGUCUGAGAGGCAAUGUAAGUCGUUCUUGUCUAAGCCUGUGGAUUGCAGUUCUUUUGGAUGUCCUUCUUAUGUUGCUCCCUCGCCACCUGUAACGGUGCCUUCUCCGCCACCUGUUGUUGUUCCGUCGCCGCCGCCACCUGUUCCCACUCCUUCGCCACCUACUUCCGAAUCACAUCCCAUUUACCGACCACGCCCUCCGCCACCUCCAUCCCCCUCUCCCCCUCCGCCGCCUGUUUACUCUCCCCCGCCGCCUCCACCAUCCCCACCACCGCCCUCACCACCGCCCCCACCACCGCCAGUUUAUUCUCCACCCCCACCUCCCCCGUCUCCCCCUCCUUACUACUACAAUUCACCACCACCGCCCAACUCUCCACCUCCGCCGCCAUUGUACUCUCCUCCUCCACCUCCCAACUCGCCGCCUCCUCCACCACACUCACCUCCACCGCCAAUCUAUCCUUACUUAUCUCCCCCACCUCCUCCAUCUGUCUAUUCUCCUCCUCCACCAGUCUAUUCACCGCCCCCACCACCGCCGUGUAUAGAGCCUCCUCCACCUCCACCGCCGCCAUGUAUUGAGUAUCAUGAACCCCCACCCCCACCAUCACCCUCACCACCUCCGCCAAUCCAAUACCUUCCUCCGCCAUCUCCUUCACCCCCACCCCCACCGCCUCCCACCCCAGUUUACCAAUCACCUCCACCGCCAGUCUAUUACUCUCCCCCACCACCACCAUCACCAUCUCCACCUCCACCACCUGCAUCACCACCACCAUCACCUGUAUACGAAGGCCCACUACCACCAAUCUAUGGAGUUUCGUACGCCUCUCCCCCACCUCCACCCUACUAUUGAUUCUUUUGAGAAAUUUUCCUCCUCAAACUCAAGCACAGAAGAAGGAGAAAUUCACACCAUGCCCUUUUUUAAAUCUUCUUCAAUGCACUAAAAGUUUCCCAAUCUCUCCAUUAUUUUUCCUCCCCUGAGGAAGAAUAAUAUAGACUUUUAAGGAUUAUAUUUAUUUCUGCAACUUAAAAGCGGCCAUGCCAUGUUCUUCUCUCUUACAAAACGUCACUUGUUUACACACACAGAGUUUGAGGUAAGAGGGAAAAUCUCUUCUUAUUUGUUUGAAUUGUUAUGGAUAUUUGAAUUUGUGAAAUAAAUGGCAGAGAAGAGUAGAAGAAGCGCAGAGAAUGUUUAUGUUUCAGCAAAAUAGAACAAAAAAAAAAA